CAGCUUUAUGGCGCUGGAGUUGUGACAGCGGCGGCGGUGCUCUGGGUUGAAGUUAUGGCCCUGAAAUUGACACUGACGACAAUUUUGAUAAAAGCGGUGAUGGUGACCAAAGCGGCAGCGCCGAAUGUGGCGAUUGGCCGGCAAAGACGGCAGAGAAUAGUCACGGUGGUGGCAGAUGGCGAUGUUGGUGGGCUUGCUAAGGAUGGAGACGCCCGUGUGGGAGGUGGUGGUGAGGGUGGACGACCGGAGGCAGGCGGCGCAUGCGUGGGGUGCUUUUCCAUUUACGGUUGCCCAAAGUUUCGGCUCACAGACCUCGUGCAACGUGCAAUCCCUUCUCAAGCAUCAGUUGAAAUAUUAUAACAGGCAACUUCAGAAUAGCUUGGAGCACAAAAGUCAUAUGAUGAAGAUGGUGAUGGAAUUGAGUUCCUAUUGAAGAAUAGUGCUCUAGACUCAUUUUUCUUCUUCUGCGGUGCCUGAAAUAAACUUUGAUUGAGCUUCUUUUGGUUUGUUGCUGAAUGGUAAAGAUGAUACGUGUGUAGAGCUUCAAUUGUGUGGAAGAAACUAAAGCCAUCACUAUUGAAUGGGUCCCUCUCACAAUGCAAUGUAUUUAUUUCUUUUCAUUCUUGGGAGCUUCCUACGUAUGGAGCCUUCAUCACUGAUGAAUGUAUAGAGUUAGUUGUCUAGCAAAGUUUUAGCUCCAUUUCCACCGCUUGCAUUAUUUGGCCGGUUAAUUGUUUGAUGAGUUUAUGGUCAGCAAUUAACCGGUACAUUUUAUUGUGGACAAUCUGACUUAAUCUGAAAUGUAUUUCGGGACUCUUGAUAAAAUAUUCCGGAGUUAAAGUAAGGACCCAC